GAAGGGGCUGUGGGCGGUCCCUGAAGGGCCUCCAGGGAGACGCCUAGAAGAUGGAGGCCCAGAUUCUUGAGACAUUUCUCUUUCUGAUCUAGCAGGAGGGACAAAGACCUCCACUCCCUCAUUCCCCAAGAAGCCCCCAAGCCUACCCAGUUUCCGUGCCCAUUCUGCCCUGGGAAAGCGGCUUCCCAGUUGAAGUCACGAGGAGUUCUCCAAGAAAGGUCUGCUGGCUGAUUCUUCGUUGACCUACCAGUCCCUGCUAUCAAGGACGCCAGAACCUCCUUAUCUAUUUUUCUUGAAUCAUGAGAGAUGAAAUUGCAACAACAGUUUUCUUUGUCACAAGAUUGGUGAAAAAACAUGAUAAACUAAGUAAACAGCAAAUAGAAGACUUUGCAGAAAAGCUGAUGACGAUCUUGUUUGAAACAUACAGAAGUCACUGGCACUCUGAUUGCCCUUCUAAAGGGCAAGCCUUCAGGUGCAUCAGGAUAAACAACAAUCAGAAUAAAGAUCCCAUUCUAGAAAGGGCAUGUGUGGAGAGUAAUGUGGAUUUUUCUCACCUGGGACUUCCGAAGGAGAUGACCAUAUGGGUAGAUCCCUUUGAAGUGUGCUGUAGGUAUGGUGAGAAAAACCAUCCAUUUACAGUUGCUUCUUUUAAAGGCAGAUGGGAGGAAUGGGAACUAUAUCAGCAAAUCAGUUAUGCAGUUAGUAGAGCCUCAUCAGACGAUUCCUCUGGCCCUUCCUGCGAUGAAGAAAGUUGUAGCAAGGAACCUCGUGUCAUUCCUAAAGUCAGCAAUCCAAAGAGUGUUUAUCAGGUUGAAAACUUGAAACAGCCCUUUCAAUCUUGGUUCCAAAUCCCCCGCAAAAAGAAUGUGGUGGAUGGCCGUGUUGGCCUCCUGGGAAACACUUACCAUGGCUCGCAGAAGCACCCUAAGUGUUACAGGCCUUCUAUGCACCGGGUGGACAGGUACCACUGGGUCAACAUACACCAAUGACGCAGUGACUGGGCACAUGGUGGGCGAGAGCUCAGAGGAGCGCCUUUAUUCUAAAAUAAAAAUGAAUUUAAGGUUGAGAGGCCCUGAAACAAAAAAUGACCAUAUUAGGGACGAGGGUACACAAUGGUAAAUCCUCUCAUACAGAUCAUGACUGUUCUUAGCUGUACUUUUAAUUCUUAUUUAAUUUUACAUGAAGUUUUAUGUAACAUUAGUGAAUGUACCCAGUAAGGUAACAGAAUGAAGAUAUUGACCUGUAAUAAGACUCAAUGAAUUAUGAAAAGUAAUGGUUUAAAUAAACGUACAGUGUUUUUAA